CAUCACUUUCGAAUCUGUCGACGAAAUGAACCACCUCCUCCGAUGCUUCAUCGGGGUACCGGGUUUGACACAUGUUUUGAAACAUCGGUGUCAGACGUACCCUCAACACGACAUAACGUAGAUAUAAGUGCCGUCGAGCUUCAGGGAAGAGGAGUUGCAUAAAUAUAACUGCUUGAUGGGGAAGCGUGGAAUGAGCUGCUUGGUCUACUGCCACCUCAACCAUGACCCAGCUAAGCUUCAGAACAUGAAUGAAUGAGCUGAUUCCCCUUACAGUGCUCUGCACCGUCAGCCACUCAGGAUGACAGAAGAGGAUGAUUUUUUUUUCUCCGUUUAGUUUUUUAAUUCAAAAAUUUGACUCCAUCCGUCUGCCUGCCAACAAUGAUCCUUGGGUUGAUCUCCCAGGAAUUACAUGAGCAGCUUUUGGAUCUGAAAAGUUACAAAAGUCGCAUGAAUGGGGUGGAAGAGCUCAAACACGUUCUCUCCGAAGUGGACAUGAGGUUGGUCCCACAUGAGAGCAUUGAAGAAUUCAUCAAUUUUCUCCCAAGGCUUCUGGAUGACAGCAAUUUUAAAGUAUUCUAUGGUACUUUACAGGUUGUAAACUUACUCAUUCAGAAACUAGAUUGUGAUGUGGACAGAUAUUUAACAGAGAUUGUGCUUGUUGCUCUCAAAGCCUUGGGAGACACAUGCACUGUCACCAGGACUGAAUGCACAAAUGUGUUUCAACAGCUGAUGAAGAACAUUGGACCACAGCAAGUAUUGGACCAUGUCAUCUGUAGCUUGAAACAUAAAAACUCUCGGGUUCGGGAAGAUGUCCUAAACAUCAUCAUAGUAGCUAUGCUCACUCAUCCCAAGAACGCCUUCAACAUCCCCAAACUGUGUUUUGAGGUUGCACCAUAUUUAGCAGAUAGCAAAAGGACGGUCCGCCAUGCAGCCUUGGAGCUGUUUGCUAUUUUUGACUAUUGCCUUGAACCAGGGAAAAAGCAGCCCCUAACGAAAGCAGUUGACAUGGUGGAGCUCAGUGAGGACGUGGAGGGUCUUAUGGCAGCUGUACAGGCAAGACGAGCAAGACGUGUCCUUCCAAGACUCUCCUCAGUGGGGACAGUGGAGUAUGGAUUAGUGGUGCCCAAACCAGGACAGCAGUGUUCCUUCCAGGAUCGUUCUGGAUCAGACAUACACUGGGUGAUCAGUAGAGGACGGACUAGUAGCGCUCGAAGCCAUCGAACUGAGCCAGACCAGGUCCGAUUAUAUGGCUAUGGUAGUUUAGGCUCCCUCACCGAUGAACUUCCCCUUCAGCGUAGGAUUGUCAGCGCUAGUCGAGGGAAGAACAAGCUACCAUGGGAGGCAUCAGAGAAUGACCAGGGAUGCUUUGCCCUCCAUGGAAAGUGCUCUGAGCAGGUCCUGAAUGAAGACAUUCCUCAUCUGUCCAGGAACCAGAGUUCAGAGCCCUAUCUACCCACCUUUAGUUCAGAAGAGCCUCACAUGUCCCAGUCCUCUAGGAGGAGGGAAUUCCCUGCCCGCCUCAGGAGAACUGGAAGCCUCACCUUAGACCCCAACUUCUCUGAUUUCGAAUCUGAGGCACCCAAAGGACAUAUUCUCUCGAGGAACCCCAGUGUUGAGUGCACGUUUCCCCUCUCCUCUAACCUUGCCACACCCGGUUCCUUUCUUCUGCCUUCCUACCCACUGGCUACACUUCCAGCAGGCACCUUUACUCCAACGCUGGUUCACUGUCAAGCUAACUGCCCCCUGUCUAUGUCCAACACCUGGCCCAACAAGAGUGAGACCAGUUCUCACCAGCAGGACCCCAGUCUCCGGAGAGACACAGCAGAAAAUCACGUUUCAAGUAGGUGCUCUCCCAGGCCUCUACGUGCCUCCCUGGUGAAUUCUUCCUGCACUUCAUCAUUCCGCAGGGCUCUAAGCAGCACCAGGGCAACCCUUUCAAUAUCACCAGUAGUCCCUCUAGGAGAACCGAUUCUCUCUCAUAAUGGCCCAAAGUCCAACUCCUCAGGCAGCCCUCAGAAUCAGCAACAAGAAGGGAUCGUCCAUCUGGACUCCACAGAUAACAUGACAGCGCAAAAUCCACAAAAGGAUGAUCAUCUGGACCUGCAGGAGAUGCUGAAUUCGUUGUGUUCGCUGCACAACAGCGCUGUCAAGAAGAGAGCCAGAGUCAGCCAUCCUGCUUCAGAUCCCAACAGCCCAGACUUGGCUGUCAGACUGGAGCUGGAGCUGGGCUCAGUGUCUCACACCUCUCCUACGUUCAUCAGCUCCACCAGCAAGAGCCGCAUUUCCAGUCAGGAAAUGCGGCGUCCCGACAGAGGCAGGAAGAUCGGCUGUGGAAAUAUUUCCUCUUCAGCAACAAUGCCUCAUAUUGCCAGAGUGCCUUCUGUUAAAAUGAGGUCAUCUGCAUCCGUGGACUUCAGCAGCCUUCAAGGAGCUCAGAUCUCCAGCAGUAACAGUGGGAACUCAUCAACCACAGACCUCCCUGAAGGUGUUAUAGGAAGAGGAGUGUUUGGUGCUGCGGUGACCUCAAGCAGUCGAGGAGUUGCCGACUUAUUGGAGCGGGAUAAAUUAGUGGUCAAGUCCCAGAGUGAGCGCUCAGCAGGUAUCGGCCGAGUUCUGCCUGGAAUCGACCAUGACAGUGAUGAUAGUCCGUGUCCGCGUCAGGUGAAGGAGAGGAGGAGGAACGGGAGGUUCAGGCGGGACAAGAUGCAGCACCAAGAUUUGGAUCAGCCUGAAGGGGAGUUUGGUCAUCAGGGCGAUCAGCCACCUGGAAAGAAUGUGGAAAGUUUCAGUGAGAUGCUGUCUGAGGCGCCGACACAAGAAAACGGAAUAUCAGCAAUGUUUUUCACUCACCUGAAUGUGACGUCCACCACACCAGACCUUAAUGCCGGGUUUUCCCCCAUUGGCCGCACUGGGCCUGUCAGCCCGCCAGCACGCCAAAGCCCCGUCAAGUGUUUCACUGCCUUGCUCCGCCCGAGUCCCCCCACCGUCCCUCCCAACCCCAAAACCUCCAAAACCCAUCUGAGGAGGGUCCCCAGCUUAAGCGGGAAUCGGUCCACAGCAUCCCACAGCUCAGACGAGCUGCUGUCUGCCACUUUGGACCAGAAGAAGAUGCUGUCAGAGUGUCCUGACCCUGGGCCGUUUUCCAAACCUGACCUGGUUCUGACACAGAGCUCUGAACUUCUGAGCUCAAACGACUGGGAAAAGAAGAUUGAGGGUCUGAUGUUCCUGCGUGGUCUGGCCCAGAACCAUCCCGACACCGUGCAGGGCAGACUCCGAGAGGUCUGCCUGUCUGUCACUCAGGAGGUGAAGAGCCUGCGGUCGGGCGUGGCGCGGUGUGCAGUGUGCACGCUGGGCGAGCUGUACAGAUGUCUGCAGGAAGUCAUGGAUCCAGAACUGGAGGAAACCGCCAAAGCCCUCCUGCACAAGUGUGUGGAGCCGAGCACCUUCAUGAGGCAGGACGUGGAUGCAGCACUGGAUUCCAUGGUCCAACACUGCACCCCGUCCCGGUGCAUCGCCGCGCUGAUCGGCGGGGGCCUCAGCCAUGUCCACGUGAUGGUGAGGAAAUCCGCAGCCCAGCACCUGGCCGCGGUGGUGGAGCGGGUUGGUGUUGCCCACCUGCUGUCUGGGUGUAAAGAUGUCACAGAAAGAAUCUUACCGGCUGUCGCCAAACUCGCACACGACUCUUCACCAGAGGCCAGGUACUACGGGCGUGAGAUGCUGCUCAUGCUGUCGUCACAACCCGACUUUGACCGACUGCUGGAGAAAUACGUCCCCGGCAAAGAGCUGUCAGCGGUCAGGGACACCGUCUCCACCCUGAAGGCAAAGGACACGCCCUCAGCCCGCCGCAGUCGCUCCCUCCCACGCAGCGGCACCGUCAGAGUGUCGUCUCUAAGCAGAGAACCUCUCAGGCAGAACAACAGACAUAACUGGGACUCGAACAGCCACUACAGCUGCCGAGCGCAGACACACAGUGUCGCCGAUAAGAUCGAGUACGUCCAGCAGAUCUCGGCUCUGAUGGCUUCAAAGGACUUCAGGCAGAGGAUCAAAGGGAUCGACCAGCUGGUGUCCGACUGUCAGGACAGCCCCAACACGGUCAUCAACAGCAUGUUCCCCCUGUUUGAUGCCUUCAGGGGGCGGCUCCUGGAGUCCAACAGUAAGGUCAACCUUCACGCCCUCCGGUCUCUGCAGACAAUAACCAUCCUGCUGAAGGACAACCUGUCACAGGUGGUCAACAUCCUGAUCCCAGCCAUCGUGGACAAUCACCUCAACUCCAAGAACAACGCCAUCUACUCCGCUGCGGUCAGCGCCGUGGAUGCACUUGUGCAGAAUAUCGAUCAAGUGCUUCUCCUGCAGCCUUUCUGCACCAAAGCUCAGUUUCUGAGUGGAAAAGCAAAAGUGGAACUGAUUGAAAAGGUCUCAGAUCUUGUGAAGGAGCUCUACUCUCGCAGGCCUCAGAUGGUGGAACAGAAAGUUCUGCCGCUGCUGUGGCACCUCCUGAGCACUUCAACCUGCAGUGGCACCAUUCAUGUACGGGGGGCAACGGCCAAGCUGUGCCACGCCCUCUACCUCCAGAUGGGCCCGGGCCUGAUGGAGUGCGCCGCCUCCCAGUCUGCCAACGUCCACAAGAGCCUCACUGACAUCCUGAGGAGCUUCUCCUGCCCGUAAAAACAAGUCCACACACCAGCCACCAACACUUGAAGCGAGAGCUGUCGCACGUUUCUUCCUGCGCCUGCACUUUGAAAGUCACUAACAUGACGAACACUCGCCUCAGCGAGACGUCGUCUGCUGCAGAAGGAAUGGAACAGCAUCUGCCGCCUUUCGGUUUUUGCACUUUGAACCCUUUUACCCCGUACAAAGCAGAUCAAAACCUAAAGCCCCCACAAAGCCGCUCAGGUUAACACUA